AGAGAGAGAAAGAAAGAGGCAGAGCGAGGGACUGCAAGAGAAAAGUUCUCUGAGCGCAGAGCUCCCACAAAUCACUUUGUCACCAGCAAGCUCUGACAAGCACCGGGAGGGAGAACGCACAACAGAGAGGCAGAGUUAAAUAGAGGUGUGAAUAGAGAGCUGUGUCAGUGGAGACUUGAAGGGAGAAGGUGUGAAGGAGCUGUAGAUGAGGUGAUACCGAUGGAUGGAUAGAGAGAAGAGAGGACAGAGACUGUGAUCCAACUCCCAAAACAUCGUGAGAUAAGAAGGACUGUUUCUUCUGCUACUGCUGCUGUCUGGAUGGUUCACUCAUUUUAGGAGAAGGUGUGUCAAACUCUAAUAUCUGCCAGUGUUUCAUUGACACUGACAUUCUAAGCUUCUGAUAGCAGACCUGCUUGAGCUAUUUUAAUCUCAGACUUUGGUACACAGAGAGCUUACACUAUCAUAUUAUCAUGUUUGAGAAUGAAGAGACCGAUAGAGAGACAGCUGCUCUGUCUGUGAAGUAGGCAUGAGUCGCAGGCGUUGAAAGCAAUUUCUGGUGUACUGCAGCUGUACACAGAUCACAUGUUGUUGAUGGUAAAAGGAGGUAGUCAGAGCAGAGAGCAAUACAUGUUUGUCAAAUGUUUUUCUGUAGCGGCAUACACUGGUUUGUGAUUGGUGUUGAAUGAGUUUGGAAUUUUAAAUUUUUGAAGCACGACACCAUACUUUCCUUCCAUUCACCGUGGAUAUUUGAUUAGCUCUGGGCUGACUCAAAGCCCCAGAGAAUUUUAUCUGGGCCGUAAAGGAAGCCAGAGGUCAUCUGAUCAAACUUCAAAAACAGAGAAAAAGGAAGGCCAUUUUUUUCACUUUAGGCACAGGACAUUGCAUUGCUAUUUUCUCUUCCUUAGAGGCUUUAACAGAGGGCAUAUCUGUCACUAAAUCCAUACAGAGGAGCUCUGAAUGAUCUGUGAAGAGACCUUGUGGGCCAAACUGGACAGGGAGCAGUGCCGGAUUAAAAGUUAGUUUCAGAUAGUGAUAGUGUUGUACAGCCUCUUUCACAUUCACUCAGCUGUCCUCCGGGGACAUGUAAUGAGAGACUGCUUGGUGAGCAUUACAGCACUGAGCUGACACGUGGAGGAGUAUAUACUGCUCUGCUCUGAAUGAGACAGGAUUUAAUUUAAUAUUGCCGGCGGAGGCUUGAAAAAGUUGUUCUGUGAGUACAGAUCCACGUCUGUUGACUGUCUGAUUGUUUGGCACUGGAUGGCAGCUGCAGAGGCUUUCUGAGUCUUGGGGCACAGUCUGUGUGCAUGUUUUGGAUGGGAUCCUUUAACAUUUGACAGCUUCACUCUGGACUCGCUUCAGAGUCUGGGACGUCAUUGUGUUACCUGUGUGGCUGAGUCAGAGGCUGGCUCAUCACUCGAUGUCUGUCUGCCCACUGGGAUUCUCUCUACCUGCCUCUAUGCAAAGCAGACACAAGUGUUAGGUGGUUUUUGCAGCAGUAGUGACAGCUGUGGCAGGAGUAGUCCCGAAUUUUCAGGACUCUCCACACUGCUGUAAUUGUUCUGUCGUGUGUAAACACCUUGCGUCAGUCACACCUCUCCACGGAGUGAUUCACUGUUCCCUAAACAUCCUCCAUUAGAGGCAGGUAGUGAAAGAAAAGGUGAGGAAGAGUUUGCUAAGGCCCAGAGCGCACAAGAGGUUGCACUGUCAGACCAUCACCAUGAAACUGGGAUUCUUGAUGCUGGUGGUUGUGUACACGGUGGGCAACGUAAGCAGUAUGUCUACGUGUAAAACUGUGGACUUGGAGAUGGUGAAGAAGAAGCGCAUCGAGGCCAUUCGGAGCCAGAUCCUCAGCAAACUGCGACUGCCAAAAGCACCUGAGCCAGAUCAGGCUGGAGAUGAGGAUGACAUUCCUGGCAACCUGCUGUCGCUGUACAACAGCACCAAGGAGAUGCUGAAGGAGCAGCAGGUCGAGGUCCAGACAGACGUCUCCACCGAGCAGGAGGAGGAGGAGUACUUUGCCAAAGUGCUGCACAAGUUCAACAUGAGCGAAAAAAUCAACACAGGGAUCACUCAGAGCUCCACAGUCAUCCCAAUGGUGUUCAACAUCACGGAGAUGCGGGCGAGUGUGGGGGAUUACCGCCUGCUGACCACUGCAGAGUUACGGAUGCUCACCAAGAACACCAGGGUUGAUGUUGAGCAGCGAGUGGAGCUGUACUAUGCUAAGGGAAACUCAACCCGCUACCAUGCUUCCCGCUUCAUCAAUAACGGUUUGAAAGACAAAUGGGUGUCCUUUGAUGUCACUGAACCCGUGCGGGACUGGCUCAAAGGGACCGACGAUGAGCGGAGCUUCCAACUUCGGGUGUACUGUGAGUGUAGCCAGGCAGGUACUGGCUUCAAAUUCGACAUCUCUGGGAUUGGGACCAGCCGGGGAGACAAAGGACCUUUAGCAAAGAUAACAAAACAACCACCGUACAUCCUGACCAUGUCCAUCCCUCAAAACACCGUCAGCCAACCCAGCUCACGCAAGAGACGCUCCACAGAGACGAGGGAUACCUGUACAGCCCAAACAGAGACCUGCUGUGUGCGGAGCUUGUACAUCGACUUCAGGAAAGAUCUGGGCUGGAAGUGGAUACAUAAGCCAACGGGCUACCAUGCCAACUACUGCAUGGGGUCUUGCACCUACAUCUGGAAUGCUGAAAAUAAAUAUUCUCAGAUCUUGGCUCUGUAUAAGCAUCACAACCCAGGAGCGUCUGCCCAGCCCUGCUGUGUUCCCCAGGCACUAGACCCACUGCCAAUCCUCUACUACGUGGGCAGGCAACACAAGGUGGAGCAGCUGUCCAAUAUGAUUGUGAAGUCCUGCAAGUGUAGCUAAAGACUCACCGUGGCUGUGCAUCCUCUCAAAACAUGCAGGGAUGGACCAGGUUAGGCAUGAGACUACAGAGAAGAUCAUGGGACGGAGAUAAAUAAAAAGAGAUAAUGUGGACGAGGGGAACAAAGUACUUAAAGCCAUCAGGAAUCCCCCUCUUUUCUCCUGCGAACUCUGCCAUUAUCACAGUGGACACACAUGAAAUCAUGGACUUCUUUAUAUAGAUGUUAUAGAUGACGUGUUUUUUAUGUAUAUACUUUUUCCUUGCAAAAAUUUCUGUCUUUAGAUGACUUAAUUUAUUUGCUGGAUGGACAGAUCUGUUAACAAGUGACACACACAUAUAAAAGUGUGUGACAUGAAAAAGGAUUUAAAUGAUAUUUUAUAAUCAAAAAAAGUUGGACAAAUAAAAGCACACAAGGACCAAAAUGACCUUGAUGGAGGAACUUUUGCUUUCAGUUGAUUGCCUCGGACAUUUCCAUUUACCACAUCAGUUUCCAAAAGCGGUUAUAAUAAAAGGUGCUAAAUCCCAGGUGGAAAACUGUGGUUGUUGGGGUUUUCCUGGAAGAUAACACUACAGGUGUUUCUGAAAAGAGCUGCGUCGUAAAGGACAGAAAAAACCACAGAGAUCGUCCAUCCUGGGGAAACUCCCUCUGACUGAAAGGCUGGACUUGCCAGCCAACCAUGUAAUUCACAGGAACCGUCCAUCACUUUUACUUGCUUGUUUGUUAUCUCAGUCCGUGUUCUUUUAACAAUACAUCUUUUGGCAGUAUGUUAAUGUUCAUAAUAGAAUGUCAAAUUGUCCUAAAGCUUCCUGGUCUGUCAAUGCCAAGUGUAAUAUCAGUAGUCGGAGUGAUGACACCAUGUUUUCUCCCUCUGAGGAUUUACUGCCAGAAUGUUGUCUUUAUAUGGUGAGGGUCAGGGGAUGUGGUUGUGGUGUUGGUUUUAGGGAAGCCAGUCAGACUUUUUUUUUUAUCACCAUGGUAAAUUAUUGCCUUUAAUUUCAUGAUGUUUCAGGAGGAAGUUUUUACUUUCGUUGGAAAUGUGAUACUUCUUUCAUAACUCAAGAACUUUAUUCAGCUUCUAUGAUUUGCUUUAGGAAUAAAACCAACACAUUUUUUCAGCUUUUCAUAUUUUUAUAGAGCACUUACCAUUUGAAAUUUGUAUUUGUAAAUAUUUAAAAAGGAAAUAAACAUGUUAAAUUAUCA